AUGGCCGCCAGGCUGUGGGUGUGCCGGCUGGGCGGCGCCGCGGCAUUGGCGGCCGCCGCAUCGGGCGGCGCCGGCGUGGUGCUGUGCGACAAGGACCCACCGCCGUAUUUGGAUCCGGAGGCGUGGGAGCGGGCGGCGAAGGCGCUGCGAGACAUAAACUCGCAGUCCAACUCGAAGAAGAUAUUCGAACAGCUGAGGUUAGAGGAGCUGACACGAACACAGGAGCUGAAGACGAAGGAAUCAGAGUUCAAGGCACAGGCAGUGUCUCUCGCCAAGGAGCAAGAACGCAUCAAGUGGGAUGAGCAGCGCACAAGCCAGCGUGAAAAUGCGCAGCAACUUGCUGAAAUAAAGCGAUAUGAAGACGAGCUGGCCCGGCAGAGGAUGAAGAGUGAGCACGAGCUGCAGAGGAAGCGCAAUGCAGAGUUGGUGCACAUGCAGGAGGAGUCGGUGCAGGCACAGGAGCAGGAGAAGCUGCGGGUGGAGCAACAGAUCCAGGCGGAACGGCGGGCAGCAGAGCAGUACAAAGCUGAGUUGGAGAAAGAGAUCCAGCGUGACAGAGCCCUUGCGGAAGCAGAGGGCCGAAUAAAGGAGCAGCGAGCGAAUGAGGACAUCAUACGCAGGCAGACGGUCCUGCGCUACCAAGAGCGCACAAAGAUGGUCAUUCAGGCGAUUGGAGAGGCUUUUGGUCACAUGGGGAGGGGGGCGUUGGCAAUGGUGACGGAUGGGGAACUGUUGUUACGCACUGCAGGCCUCAGCAGCCUGCUGCUACUUGGUUUUUUUAGCACCCGAGAGGCAUCCCGAGUUGUGGGCAAGACUGUUGAGCGCUGGCUAGGGACUCCCAAAUUGAUCCGUGACACUUCAAGGCGGCACCUAUGGACCUGGCAGUUUUGGGUACGCUCAGGCAGCAAGUCGGCGGCAGACGUCCGCAGGGACUUCCGCGACAUCAUCCUGCCAGCCCAGCUGCAUGACCACAUCCGUGCCCUUGCCGCAGUCACAUCCAACACAAAGCGCCACGGGGCGCCGUUCCGCCACAUGCUUUUCUAUGGACCUCCUGGCACUGGCAAGACCCUUGUGGCAAGGCGACUGGCGCACACAUCUGGCCUGGACUAUGCCGUCAUGAGUGGGGGCGACGUGGCACCCCUGGCUGGGGCUGCAGUCACCCAGCUUCACUCUGUGUUUGACUGGGCAGAGCGUAGCCGCAAGGGCCUGCUGCUGUUCAUUGAUGAGGCGGAUGCAUUCCUUGGACGGCGGAGUGACGUGAUGAGCGAGGGCCUACGGGGGGCGCUGAAUGCGAUGCUCUUCAGGACGGGGGACCAGUCGAAAGAUUUCUUGGUAGUGCUGGCCACAAACAGACCAGGUGACCUGGAUUCUGCUGUUCUGGACCGUAUCGACGAGGUGUUAGAGUUUCCACUUCCGUCAGCCAGGGAACGCAAAGAGAUCCUGGAUGUGUAUCUCAAGCAGUACAUUCUGCAGGCCUGGCAGGACGACGGGGUGUGGUCUGCGCGGUUGAGGCGGCGGUUUUUGUCGCUCUUUGGAGGAAGGAAGGCAGUCACUGACAGGAUCCGACUGCAUGAAAUGACUGAGCCCUUGUUGUGGGAAGCGGCGAACGCCACAGAAGGGUUUUCAGGUCGUGAGCUAGCCAAAUUCAUGGCCAGCGUACAAGCGGCGGUGUAUGGCACGCGCGACGCCACUCUCACUGCAGACCUCUUCAACACCAUCCUACAGUUCAAGGUCAAGGAGCACAAGAAGCGCAUGGGCUUCCGAGAGAACAGAGAUGUCUAUGUGUAG